UGGGAGCUAAAUUAAAGCACAAAUGUGGUGACACAGAAUGGCCAAUUAGGUUAUUCAUGCUAUACAUACGUUAAUCAUAUCUAUAAAUAUAACUGAUUAACAUCUAAUUUACCACAAUCAUCAUCACAGAAGAAGAUCAAUAAUCGGAGAAGAAGAAGAAGAAGAAAUGAGUGGAAUAAUGAAGUCGGUUUUACCUGUGGUGAUGCUAAUAUUGGUGGUGGCUGAUCAAACGCAGGUGAUCACGAAAACAGAGGCACAAAGCAGUACCAACUGUGCUGCAACGCUCGGAAACCUGAAUGUGUGUGCGCCGUUUCUGAUUCCCGGCGGCGCCACCCCGGGUUCUGAGUGCUGCACCGCCCUGUCGACGGUGGAUCGCGACUGCCUUUGCAACACGUUGAGAAUCGCCUCCCGCAUUCCCGUCCAGUGCAACCUCCCUCCACUCACUUGUUCUGCAAACUGAGUUUGAUAGAUGCUUAAUGCCAAAAAGUCCCAAUAAUGCGGAGGAGUUUAAUUUAAUAUAUAUA